AUGAUGUGGUGGUGGAGUGAGGAGGAGAGGGGGUGGGUCGAGAGGACAUGUUGGUGGCGUGCGGCGGAGUUGGCGGUUGGAUUUUUGUUUGAAAGGGAUGUUUCUGUAGUUGGGCUUUCCAGUCGGUUUUGUGGCUUUCCCACCGGUAACCACUCGGGGUUGUCUCUUUUGCGGGUGGCCGCUCUAAUUUCGGACCUUUGGCCCCUAACUGGAGCCUCGGUUGCCGACGGUGAAAGUCGUCCUUGCGGCAGCGGGUACAGUGCGGCGGCUAUUCCCUAUGGGUUGCCGCGUUGCUUUCAGCGGCGGACCUUGACGGCUGGCUGUGACGGGUGUUGGGGUUUCAGGCUUGUGCACCGAGAGUCUCCUGUCCUCAAUAAUUACCUCGGAAGGCAGCCGAUCGGCGAGAGUACUCGAAAGUACGUCUUUGCUUUCGAACCGAGGUCCUCUGGCAAGGAUAGUUCCGAUUCGUCUGAGCACCAGAGAAAGUAUGAGGGGCAUGACCAUGUUUUCAAAUCGAGUGGUUACUGGCGGAUAUCGAUUUUGUUGAUAGAGGAGACGAGGAGGAGGGGUGAGGGGGCGGCGGUGGUUGUGGUUGGAGAGAUUAGAAAGAAGUAA